AAGGAGGCAAGGGGAGAGCUACGGGAAGUGGAGGAUCGUGGAGGUGACAGCAAGGAGAAUACGCAGCCGCGAAGGGCGGCUGAAGCAGGCCCGGCGGCUUCAGCACAGACGCCGAGCGAGCGGGAAAGAGGAAGGGAGGGCAACGCGGCGGCGCAGGGCGGCGGGGUACAAUGUCUCGCGAGCAGCCCCCCCGCAUGGACAUACCCCGCAACCUGAGCUUUAUCGCCGCGCUGACAGAGCGCGCCUACUACCGCAGCCAGCGGCCCAGCCUAGAGGAGGAGCCAGAGGAGGAGCUAGGCGGGGGCGGGGCUCGGUCCCGCGCUCACGCUCGGAGUCGCGGCCGCCGGGCCCUCUCCGCGCCCGCCGCAGGCGGCGGGGUACGGGCGCCCCGUAGCCGCAGCCCCGAUACCCGCAAGAGAGUGCGUUUCGCCGACGCGCUCGGGCUGGAGCUGGCCGCCGUGCGCCGCUUCUGCCCUGGAGAGCUGCCCCGGGUGCCCCGGCACGUGCAGAUCCAGCUGCAGAGGGACGCCCUCCGACACUUCGCGCCGUGCCAGCCCCGCGCCCGGGCCCUCCAGGAGGCGCGCACCGCCCUGGAGCCGGCCCGCGAGCCCAGCUUCGCCGCCCGCUUGCUAACGCAGCGCAUCUGCCUGGAACGCGCGGAGGCGGGCCCGCUAGGCGUGGCCGGGAGCGCACGCGUGCUGGACCUGGCCUACGAGAAGCGCGUGAGCGUGCGCUGGAGCGCCGACGGCUGGCGGAGCCAACGCGAGGCGCCCGCGGCCUACGCCGGCCCGGCCCCGCCCCCUCCGCGCGCCGACCGCUUCGCCUUCCGCCUGCCAGCGCCACCCCUCGGAGGCGCCCUGCUUUUCGCCUUACGCUACCGCGUGACGGGUCUGGAGUUCUGGGACAACAACGGUGGCCGUGAUUAUGCUCUACGUGGGCCCGAGCACCCGGGCAGUGGCGGAGCCCCGGAGCCCCAGGGCUGGAUGCAUUUUAUCUGAGACGUCUGAGGCCGCUGGCGGAAAAACCAAAGGCACCCGGGGGCCGGGGGAGCCCGAAGAUUUGACGGGGAGGAAUGGGAGAAACCGAGACUGGCCGGCAGCUGUCCUAGAGAAUCAAGUUGGAGGAGGGCAGAAAGGAGGGAGAAGUUAAAGGGGCGUGGGGUGUGGGCACAAUCAACGAAGGUCGGGGAGACGGGAGUGGAAAACAGGUGGAUAUGAGGUGAAAGAUCCCGAAGCAUAGGAGAAAGGAGGCCAGGAAAGCACCGAAAGGAUUAGUAAAAAGCAUAAGAUUGGGGUAGAUGGUGAUGGUCCCUUCUGUGAGUGGACACGGGGAGAAAGUGAUUGGGUUCGUCAGUCCUAGGCAGUUGAAGAUUAAGAUAACCUCUGGGAUUGAGGUAUUUUAUGUGAAGUAAGAGCCCACCCCACUACAGUCAUUUAGGUUGCUGGCUCAUUCUCUCUUUUUGCUAGCCUUUGUCCCCGCAGGUCCCCCAGUCCUGCUCAUCCUAGCUUUAAUUCAGCCAUGACUGCCUUGCUUAAGUCCCAGGAACUUGGCCAUGGUUCCCCAGUGCCUGGUAUUAAGACAGGAUUCCCUUGCCACCCCGAUGACCCCAGGCUUCAUUCUCCACAGACUGGCUGAAGAGUGAUGGCAGGUAGCAAUCAAAACUCCUACCUCUAGCCUCCAGGAAGCCGUUGGAAUUAAAAUGAAGCCAAAAGCAACUCCAGGCCUGUCCUGGUAACCAAAUAAUGUGGUGCCUAAGGGUUUGGUACACUCAGGAGCUUCCAGAAAAAUGUCAGCCUUACUUUUCUGGGGUGCCUUUUAAUGACCUCAAAGCACUUUAUGGACUGUAUCUGUCAAGCGACAGUGAAUCAUGAGAAUCACGAGUUCUGCUUCAGAAGAGAAAGUCACUGACUGACUGGCUGUAUAACUUUGGGCACGUUACUUCACCUCUCUGGGCUCGGUUUCCACCUUGGAAAACUUAAUUUGGAUUAGGUGAUCUCACGCCCCUUUUUGCUUUGACAUAUUAUAUGACCUGUUAGUGGCAGAGUGUAGUUUAGAAGUCACAUUCUCAACCUACAACUCAGAGUACAUAGCACCCCAAGAGUCUGGUUAGGGCUGAGGACGAGUCCUGCAAUUGACAGGUGUUCCAGAGCCCAGUAAGCAUCCCAUAACCAGUUUGCAGCCUCAGGGUAUUCAGGGCCUCCUCCAAACCACAGCUCGCCCCCUGCCCCUUGCUUUUUGCUCUUGACACUGCAGACUUCCAGCCUGAAUACUCUUGAGACAGUUUUGGGGAGGUGCAUCUCUGUUGGGGAAAAUGUUUGGGAGUCCCAAAGAUGAAAGGCAACAAGAUUGGGGGUUCUCUUGAGGAUAGAGGAUUAUGGGCAUAAAAAAUGGAAAACAUUUCAAAUGAAGAAUCAAAGCAACUUGAAAAUUAAAUGGCACCAGAAGAUGGCAGUCUGGUCCACACCCUGAGCAAAUGAAAUGGGAAAGCAGGACUCUUCUGUCCAUUCACAUUCAUGCCUUAUGUCUUUCCUGAUUAACGUUUGCUGGUUUUUUUUCCUUUCUUUUUACCUUAUUCCGAACCCUUUGCUUUUCUCUUUCCUUGACCCUCUCAUCACUUCCAUUUUUCUUUUAGCAUAUAGGAUGCUUUCAUUUUCUCUUUACUGUUUGACUCCCUCUUCAUCUUUAUUGAUUUCUGCUAUUCCUUGUCCCUCCAGAAGGGGUGGAAAACCUACUUCCUUUUCUCCAAGACCACCAUGGUUGAUCAUCUUGCUCCCUCAGGCUCCUCCUUGACAGUCCUCUAGAAGGGGGAAGAGGGAAAAGAAGCUCCUGAUGCUGCGGAUGAACAAGUUGCUCCCAGGUCAAACUUCCAGCAGACUGAAGAGAGAAACUGUACUGGGAGCCAUCAAGCAAUGCUCUUUUUAGUCAUCAGUGAAGAGCCCAAGGGAGACUGGGUUGAGGCACUGUGUGUAAUAAUCUCUUGCCUUAUACAUUAUUGUUAUGUAUUUAUAAUGAUUGUAAUAGCUCACAUUUGUUUAUGUGCUAAAAUCUGCCGUCUUGCAUGCAUUAUAAUCCUCAAAACAGCCCUGUGAGUUGAGAAACGAUAUCCCUAUUGCAGAGAUGAGGAGCUCAGAAAAAACUAAGUAAUUAGUUCAAGAUCACGCAGCUAGUAAAUGGCAGAGCUAUGAUUGUGCAUCCAGGAAAUCUCCAGAGCCUCUGUGCAUAACAUAACCAUGACACAUUUUUUUCCUUUAAAAACCUUGCCAUAUAUCAUCUCUUACUAGGAAAAGACCACCGUUUCUUACUGAACUCUGCCUUGCCAUCCUCCUAGUCUGAACUGGCCUGGAAAAGGCAAAGUGCGGAGGGUCCCAAGCUUUGUCUGCUCCUGCCAGGAGCUUACUGCUAGCUGCUGUGCCAGUAUCCCAGCCCUGCUUCAUCAGCAAGUGGCCACUCCACCUGCCUGCUAGAAAAAUUGUGAACCCAUUUGAACUUACUGGGAUUCUCUUUUGGCCCUAGCCAACCUUCCAUACUUGGUGGGCAACACCCCUUCCUGCAAACAGGCUAGUUCUCUAAUCUUUCCUCUAGAAGGGUCCCCGACUAGGACAAUUGCUGGGUGAUCUGUGCGUGGGCCCUCUCUGGGGUCCCUGGUAUUACUGAGUGGAUAAACACAAACUGGUGGGGGGCAAAGAACCAAGGAUAAUCCAUUGUUCCCUAAGCUCUUUUUCUGUAAGGUGGUGAUGGCUCAUCCCUCUCCCCUACCUGCCAUUCUCAGCUUUAUGAAGCCCACAAAUGAGUCUUCUGGUUCUUCCCAUAUAGAGCUGCCCCAGGGCCUAGGAGUAAGCUGAGGGUCUAAUCUGACAUGGGAAACAUGAGGAAUUUGGUGGAAUCUUUUAGAAAUGUAUUGUGUGUUAGGCAUUGUGGUGGCGUCUUUCCUCUAAAGGCUGAUGACUAUAUGAACAGGGGCAAUUAGGGCAUAACAUACCAGCCAUGAACUGGGAAGUGCCCUAGGAGGAGCCAUUACUAUGGAAAGGCCUUUGGGUCCUUGAAACACACAGUAGGAAUGCUUUUGCCCUUUCUUGUCUUCCAGACCUCAGAUGUCUUCCUAUACCUACCUGAUAGCCUUCCUCCUGUUCCUUUGUUUCUCUUUAUGUUGCUGUGUUUCUCCAGAGCUGCUUUGGAUCCUUGUAAUCUGCAGGUCAUAGAAUCCAAGACCUGAAAAGGGUUGGCUUUACAGAUCAUUGGGUGCAGGCUCCUCUACAGUUGAAGGCACAAGUCUAGAUGAGAAGGGACUCCGGCAGGGUCAGAUUUGUUAGUGCAGCUUGAGAUGGGGCUUACGCCUAAGCCUCCUGACACAACUCAUUCCCAGGCCAAGAAAUAGGUCUCCACAGUCAGACUUGUGAUUUUCGUGGCAAGGGAUAAAUAACAUCAGAAGUGUUUGAUUUUCUGCUCCUAGUUUUCAUUGCCUUCCCCAUUCAGCCAUGAAGAGAAACAAAAGACACUUGUAGUUUUCUCUGUAUCCCAAGCCUUGGCAUUUCUUUUGAUGAUACUGCGAAAGAACUGUGAAGUUGAUACAAAGACUGAAUAAUCCACCCACUGAAUAGCUAAUCUGGGGAAGAUAUAAAAGCUUGCUAUGUGAAUCCCCCAAAAACCACAGUUCUCGUCAGGCCUCCUGGAGCCUCCCCACCCCCUUAUGGUACAGCCCUGUUUACUGGGCCCCAAACCCACUAGUAUUGUGCCUCACUUCAGCUUCUUCAUGCAACUGCUAUCUCCCUCUGGUUAAAAGACCUCAUAUUUAAAAUAAAGUUGAAAUAUAAGGAUAUGAUAAGGA